AUGGAAGGUUGGCUUGUUAAGCGUUCUGGAAUACCACACUUCUGGCACAAGCGUUAUUGCGUUAUCGAAUCGAAUUGCUUCUAUAUUUAUCUUGAUCAGCAACGCCAAAAGAUGACAAAUUGGUUUUCUAUCACUCCAAAGUCCCAAGUUGCCCUUAUGGAGUCAAAGAAGGGCUUAAGAUUCAAAAUUACUCAACCAGAAGGUAAGGACUUUGCAUUCCAAGCAAAGGACGAAAAAGAAUUCCAUGCUUGGCUCAAUCACAUACUUUUACUUUCAAUUCCAGAAAACACAGAGAAAAUCAAUGAAUAUGAAAUCAUUUCAGUACUUGGCCGCGGAUUCUAUGGCAAAGUUGUCUUAGCAAAGCAUAAGAAGACAGGCAAGUUCUGCGCCAUCAAAUCCAUCCAUAAGAAGGUUCUUCUUGAUAUGAAGAAGGUUGACACAAUCAUGGUUGAAAGAGACAUCCUCAAAUCCACAAAAUCCCCAUUCAUCGUUUCACUCUUAUCUUCAUUCCAAACACCAUCCAAGUUCUACUUAGUAUUAGAAUAUGUCUCUGGUGGCGACUUAUUCAUGCACUUGACAAAUAACAACAACGAGAUCUCCGUUGACCAAAUUAAACUUUACAUCGCAGAACUCGCGGUCGCUCUUGAGCAGCUGCAUAAAGAUCAUAUCAUCUACAGAGACCUCAAGCCAGAGAACGUUCUCAUCUGCGAGGAUGGCCAUAUCAAGUUAACAGAUUUUGGAAUUUCCAAGAUGUUGAAUGAAAAGCAGUCCACAACAAACACAUUGUGCGGAACUGGCGAAUACUUAGCUCCAGAAGUCAUUUCCGACAAGGGUUACACAGAAGCAAUUGACUGGUGGCAACUUGGUAUUUUAAUGUACGAAAUGGUUGUCGGAAAGACACCAUUCGCUGAUACCAACAAGUCAAUCAUGUACUCUAACAUCAUGAACAAGAAUCCAAACUUCUUCCCAAUCGAAGAUGAAAAUGCAAGAAAUCUUAUCGCUCAUUUGCUCAGAAAGGAUCCAGCAAAGAGAGCUGGCUUCGAAGAGAUCAAGAACUCAAAGUUCUUCGAGGGAUUCGACUGGACAGAUAUGAAGAGCAGAGAUGCUUACAUGUUCCCAAAGGAUUCAAGCAGCAGCGAAAGCCUCAACAACUUCAAUAAGAAGUUCACAGAGGAAGAAGCUGAGGAUUCUGAUGCCAUGCCUGUUAUGGAAAAGUUUGGCGAUUUCGAAUACGUUUCACCCGAAUUCGCUUAA